GAUGAGGUAAACGUGGUAUUUCUCGCCAUUGGAUGUAGGCAAGAAUGGCAGGACGUGCUUCAGCGCGUAGUGAGUGGCGCUGAUGCCAGCGAAGGAGGCGCCGAGAAUGACAAUGUUUCGCUCGUUGGAAGACAUGGCGAUAUGAUGCAGAGACUGGAGCAAGACAAAGAAAAAAGGCCGAGAGGUUGUUGUUAAAAAGUCCGAGGGAGCACGAGGAUGGAAUGCCGUGUGACGGAGGCGGAGAGCCGAUGGCGUGCGUGCCGAUGGCUUUUAUCUGGCGCUGGCGGCUGAAGCUGAGAAAUCCAUCACCAACUCAUUGUGAGUCCUCGGUGCUGAAGCAUAUCCGUCCCCGAAGCAACUUUCACUCUCUCCUUUCAGCUUACAAACGAAGUGAAGUUGGGGGAGCAGGAAGGAGCGCGAAGGUGGUUGUAGCUAGCGCCACGUGGACCAAGCGCUAUUCUUCAAGACCUACAUCGACCGGACAGAAAUCAAUCCAAGUCAUAAUAAAAUAUGACCGAGGAAUAUGCAGGAAAUAAAUUAACUCCACUACAAAACUGUUGUCCUGGGUAUACUUGGAGCUGCGGG